CAUAUCCCAAUCCAAACUAGGUCACCCCUCCUUCGCCGGGACGUCCUCCCAUUCCAGCCGCUUACCCCUUCACACACGGAUCAAGCGCCACGCCUCGUAUACCCAAGACUGCUACCUACUCCGUGAUCUGCCACGCUUCCGUCGACCACCAAUCCCUCACUCGUUAUCGCUGUCGAUUGGCCGGCCGGGGUCCAGCUCUAAUUGACACGCAAAGAACUAGGUAUCACGCCUGACGUCCUUUAACUACCCCCCCCUCCCCCUCCCACCAUGCCCAAGCUCCCGAAUUCGGCCCACGAAGUUCCAGUAAUCAAUACACAAGUCUACGACUCCGCCAGAACACCUUCCCUCAACACUCCCGAUACCAUGGCCGAAGAAGGUGGUUACCACCCCUCGACGGGCGGUAACGAGCCCAAGCAGGAGUCCCAGUUCACCAGCAAGCCGCGUAUGACCGGCUUCAACACCCAAGAGAUCCGCGACACCAUGUCGCCCACCGGCCCCAUGACCCCGAACCCCUUCAGCCGUAAGAACACGAGCAUAGACAUUGACGACUACUUUACCGGUCCCCGCGAUAUCCUCAAGCACUCCAAAUGGCCCCUCUUCAUGCAGAUGCACGGCAGCAUCCUGCCCAAAAUGAUCGUCCCCUUGAUCUGGAUGUCCAUGUGGUCUGCCGCCAUCACCUGUAUCGACAAGUUCCGCACCAACAUGGGUGUUGACUCUGUUCUCUUGACCGUUCUCGGUUUCGUCGUCGGUCUGGGCCUCUCCUUCCGCAGUUCCACCGCUUACGAACGUUACGCCGAGGGCCGACGUUACUGGGCCCAGCUCAUUCUUGCCUCGCAGAGUCUUGGUCGCGUCUUCUGGAUUCACGGUGGUGAUCCCGAGGGCCUCGAUCCCAGACAAUCUCUUCUCCGCAAGGUCGGCUGCAUGAACCUUCUCUUGGCCUUUGCCGUCUCCAUUAAGCACAAGCUCCGUUUUGAGCCCUACACCGCCUACGAGGAUCUCGAGCACCUCGUCGCCCACCUGCAGACCUUUGCACAGGAGGCCACCGCCGCCGAGCCCGAGAAACUUGUUCUGAAAAAGAAGAACUUCUUCAAGGAGACCGGCGAGUACCUCGGCGUCUCCUUCGCCGCCAGUAACCCCCGCAAGACCAUCAAGAAGGCCUCUCGCCCCCUCGGUAACCUUCCCCUCGAGAUCCUCAACCACAUCUCCUGCGUCGUCGACAAGAUGGUCGAGGAUGGCCAGCUCAAGGUCCCCAUGCAGCAGACCCUGGCCUACAACAACGUCGCCCUCCUCAACGACAUCAUGACGGGCACCGAACGUGUUCUCACCACCCCGCUCCCCAUCGCCUACACCAUCGCCAUCAGUCAAAUCACCUGGGUCUACGUCAUGCUGCUCCCCUUCCAGUUGAUCGACAAGCUCGAUUGGAUCACCAUCCCCGCCACCGUCGCUGCCGCUUAUAUCAUUCUCGGCAUCCUCUUCAUUGGCCGCGAAAUCGAGAACCCCUUUGGCGAAGACGUCAACGACCUGCCGCUGGAGGCCUACUGCGAGCAGAUCGCUUCAGAACUCGACAUCAUCGCCUCCUUCGAGAAAAGCGACCCCUACCGGUUCAUGGAGUCUCCCCGCAACCUGCCCCUGUACCCUGCGAGUAUGGCUCCCUACCACGUCUGGAUGAGUCGCUCCGAGGAGCGCGUCCGCGAGGCCAUCAAGUCCAAGCACAACACCGUCUUUGAGUUCCGUAAGAAGGUCAUUCUCGACAAGGUGGAGUCCCAGUCUGGUGGUAAGAAGACGAGCAGCGAGGGCGCAACCACGCUCAGGGGCGACAACAACGUGUAGAGGAUACCCGUCCUUCGCCUCUGUCCUCGGCCACUUGUUGUGGCCUCAUUUUCGGGAAUUUCUUUCUUUUCUUCCAACAUCUCCAUAGUCAUGGUCCCUUGCCGCAUGGUUCAGCAAGGGACGAUAAAUUGGUUCAGCGAUUUGCGUCAGGAGCAUUCAAGGCACGGAAAAAUCAUAUACGCCCCAAAAGGUGGCGUUCGCACUGGAACGGUUUGGAUUUUCUUUUCAUUGUAAUUGCCUGGAAACAAAAUAUGACAGGUGUGUAUUUGAGCGCGGCAUUGCAUCUCGCGGAAUGAGAUAUUGAAAACAGAUUCUACAGUGGGUAGAUAUCUGAAUUGAAUGGAAAACAUUUGAAUAUACGACUGGCUUUGUAGUGA